AUGGUGACCACGAGAAAUAUGAACAACGACGACCCUAUCGAGAUGAUCAGAGUUCUACAACAAAAGAUGGACGAGAUGCAACAGCGUCACGAAGAUGAGCUGGCGGCUGUGAAGGCCGACUGUGAGGCCCGGAUAAGCCGGGAAGUAGCCAAGAAGACGGAAGAGGACGAGCGGGCGAAGGAGAAGGGGAAGGCGGUCGCGGACGAACGUUCGGAGCAAAAUACCGAACGUGACGAGACCUGGAGGCCGACUGGCACCGAGGCCGAGGGUAGUAAGGCCAAGUCUGUGCACGCGGAGAGCGCGGCCGAGGACAGACGGAUGGCAGUCAAACCGGAACCUUCCUCCACGAUGUUACUCCCCUUUGCCCAAAACAUAAUGGACGUUCAAAUUUCUGAACAGUUCAUUGCACCUCAAUUCAAAAUAUAUGAUGGAACGACCGAUCCUGAGGGCCACGUCAAAACAUUCUCAAACGCAAUGGCAUUCAGAACGGGUAACGACGCCAUCUGGUGCCGAGCGUUCUCGCUGUCCUUGGAGGACGAGGCCCUCGAAUGGUUCAACAACCUGCCUCCCAAUUCCAUAGAGAAUUUCGCCGGACUGAAGCAGUUAUUUAUACGGCAAUUCGCGGCUAGCAGCACUCAAGACUUGACCGUGUUCGAGCUAGUCAACCUGAAGCAGGGAAAGGAAGAAACGCUGAGAGCGUUCAUGGACCGGUACCAGAAAACCGUCCGGCGGGUGAAGGCGUUGAGUCCGGAGCUCGCCCUCCAUUACAUUCUGCCUGCCCUCAAGCCCGGUCCGUUCAAAGAUAGCGUCUGCCGACGGGCCCCUAAGACCAUGGAGCUGAGGGAACGUGCGGCAGACGAGAUCAGAGUUAAGGAGAUGAAGUUAUCGUACAAGAAGGAGAGCCAGGAGCUGCGGAGCGAGAAGGCAGACGGGGGGAAACCCGGUAAUUCGGGAGGAAAACCGGGCGGCGGCAGGCAGAAAGAACCGCCCCGAGGGCCCCGCUUUCAACAAUAUACCCCCCUGAACGCCCCCCGGGAGAAGAUCCUACGGGAGGCGCUCAGCGCGGACCUGCUCCCAGAACCCCUGAAGCGACCAACACCAUCUGGCGCUGAUGGAAGUAAACACUGCGCCUACCACAAGAACAUGGGUCAUACCACCGAGGAGUGUGUGACCCUGAAGAACAAAAUUGAGCAGCUAAUCCAGGUCGGGAAGCUGAAGAAGUACAUACGGGACGAUCGUCCUCAGGCACCCGCCGAGAGGACUGCCAGGCGACCAACCUACAGGUCCGAGAGACCUAGGAGCGACAAGAACGAACGUCCUCGCUCCGAGCGAAGCCGAAGCCGAAGUAGAAGUCGCGAACGUCCGCUAAGGGGGCACAUCAACACGAUCUCCGGAGGAUUUGCCGGGGGAGGAUCGACGGCGUCCGCCCGAAAACGCCACAUACGAGCACUACAUUCAGUGCAUUCAGUGGAUAGGCCCCGGUGA